AUGACUCUCUUUUGUGAUAAGAGUAACACGUCUGUCAGUGUUGCCUAUCUUGAGCUUUUCAGGGAUAUUAGCUUGGCUGGUCAGUAUGCAUGGGGUGCGGCGGCGUUGGCAUAUUUGUAUGGUCAGUUAGGGGAGGCUUGCAAAAAGACUGGGAGGACAGUUGCUGGAUUUGCAGGCGUGGGUAUAUGCACGUUUUCCUGGGUGCUGUUUGAGAGAAAGGAGUUCCCUCAAUACAAAGCGGGUAUGCCUGUGGCUAGGAGGUGGUUGGCAUUCAGGGGGACAAAGAAAGUGGACCAGAAGAGACUUAAUCUUGAUAACUUUCCUGCUGGUGGAGUGAUAUGGAGGCCUUAUAUGGACCACUAUGUUCAUCGUUCAUUUGAACAUGUCUCACUGUAUAGUGGAUUCAUCAGGUUCAGCGGCUCAGUUUAUCCAUACCUACCUGAGCGUGUAUCCAGGCAGUUUGGGAUUGUGCAGUCCAAGCCUCGAGCUCCUCCAUCAAAAGUUUCAUGCGAGGAUUGUGAUGCUAUGUGGAUGGAUUGGCGGAACCAUACUAUUAGAGGACGCUAUGUUGAUUACCCGCACGAGUGUGAUACUGAGUACAAUGACUGGUACAAACAACACUCACAUCCUUUCAUGAUUCCUGAGGAGCUGAGAGUUGACCGUUGGUCAUUUCUUGAGGGUCAGUUUGCUUUGCUGUCGACAUACUCUACUGUUGCUAUUGAUCCAGAGACUGUUGGGGCACCCGCAGAGGGCACAGCCAUGUGGGAUGUAGUUCAUACUAUGCAUUCCAUUAUUCAGAAGACAUUGGAGGGACCGGAGGAGCCAAAGCAACGUAGAAAGAAGAGGAGUGCUAGCGGGGUUGGGACUUCAGCUGAUUAUGAGUGA